AUGGCUGGUUCACGUCGACUUCAGAAAGUUAGUGCUAGCUUUCUUUUUUUUUUAAAGUUUACAAAAAAAGUAAAUUAGGAGCUCGGAGACUUGAAAUCAUGCGGCGUCAGGGCGUACGAAAAUGUCGAAUGUGACGAAACUAAUCUCCUAAACUGGAGUAUUUUACUGGUUCCGGUUAGUAUUUAUUUUUUUUUAGUUUAUUUUCCACAAAUAUAUAUACAAAGACCAUUUACAGGACAAGGAGCCUUACAAUAAGGGCGCAUUCCGCGUCAAUAUCAAAUUCCCCGUCGACUACCCAUUCAAACCUCCGCAAAUCAUUUUUGCCACCAAAAUCUACCAUCCGAACAUUGACGAAGAAGGAAAAGUCUGCCUUCCAAUCAUAGCUCCGGAAAAUUGGAAGCCUGCCACGCGUACUGAACAAGGUUUGAAAAUUUUUUAUUUCGGAACUUUUACAAAAACAUCUCAAAAAAACAUUUACAUCACAAAAAAAGUUAUUUAGUUAAUAUGAUUAUUUAAAAAAAGAUUAAUAUUAUUUUUUUCAAAUAGCAGUCUUGUGAUUUUUAAAUCUGGCUAGGCAUUCUUUUUUGAAGAUAUAUGAAAAUGAGGAAAAGGAAUAAGUGCAAAAAAAGGUCAACUAGAGAAUUUUUUUCCCUAAAUUCAAAGUAGGCUUUCCUUUUGGUUUCUCAUUUCUUUUUAAUUCUUAUGAAAGGCUGUUUAUAAAGUCUUGAUCUUUUUUUUGUUGGUUUUCCAGGGAAACUGACGAUUAUUUUAGGCAUCAGCUCAAAAUUUUUCAAGCUUUCGUGAGUCUUCCUCAUUUUGAAAUAUCAUUGGAAUGUGUAAGAACGUUUCAAAAAUUAAUCUUAUAAUUGAGCAUAAUUCAACGUUCGUCCCGUUCUCCUUAUUUCAAAGUCUGUGAUUUCUCAAGGAUCAAACUUUCUUUUCUCUUAGUUAUGAUGGCGCUGAUGUCGUUGAUCAACGAGCCGGAGCCGUCGCAUCCAACGCGCGCCGAGAUCGCCGAGGAAUGGGUGAAGGACCGCAAGAAGUUCAACAAGGUCGCCGAGGAGUACACCAAGAAGCACGCCGAGAAACGACCCGAGUAG